GUCCUGAAAUUUCAGAAAGGCCAUGGCAAAGAAGAGAGUGGCCGUUAUAGGAGGUGGCUCCAGCGGACUUUGCAGCAUCAAAUGCUGCUUGGACGAAGGCCUGGAUCCUGUGUGCUUUGAGAGCAGUGAAGAUAUCGGGGGACUCUGGAGGUUCAAGGAGAAUCCUGAAGAAGACAGGGCCAGCAUUUACAAAUCUGUGAUCAUCAACACCUCCAAAGAGAUGAUGUGCUUCAGCGACUUCCUCAUCCCAGAUGACUACCCCAACUAUAUGCCCAACUUCAAGAUCAUGGAGUACUUCCGGAUAUAUGCCAAGCAUUUUGACCUUCUAAAGCACAUCCGCUUCAGGACUAAAGUGUGCAGCGCAACUAAGCGUCCAGAUUUCGCUAGCAGUGGCCAGUGGGAUGUCGUUGUAGAAACUGAUGGAAAACAGGAAUCGUUGGUUUUUGAUGCAGUCAUGGUUUGCACUGGCCACCACACCCACCCGCACCUGCCUCUCAAUACUUUCCCAGGUAUAGAAAAAUUCAAAGGCCGCUAUCUUCACAGCCGAAAUUACAAGGACCCUAAUGAGUUCACAGGGAAGAGAGUCAUUGUGAUCGGCAUCGGGAACUCAGGCGGAGAUCUCGCUGUGGAGAUCAGCCACACGGCAGAACAGGUCUUCCUCAGUACUCGCCGAGGGGCGUGGAUCUUGAAUCGUGUUAGUGACAAAGGCUACCCAGGAGAUGUGGUGUUUUCCACCCGUUAUAAUCUGUUACUGAAGCAGUCUUUGAUUCCAUCCAUAAUAAACAACUGGGCAGAAAACAAGCUGAACGAAAGAUUUAACCAUUCUCACUAUGGCUUGAAGCCUCAGCACAGGUUUCUCAGCCAGCAUCCGACCAUCAACGACGAGCUGCCAAACCGCAUCAUUUCCGGCAAAGUUCUAGUAAAAUCGAACAUCAAGGAAUUCACUGAAAGUGCUGCCAUCUUUGAGGACGGUUCAAAGGAAGAAAAUAUCGAUUUUGUCGUCUUUGCCACGGGAUAUAGUUUCUCUUUCCCGUUCCUUGGGAAUACUCUCCCAGUAACUGAGAACCAGAUUUCCCUGUAUAAGUUUGUUUUCCCUCCUCACUUGGAGAAGCCGACCCUGGCUAUCAUCGGCCUCGUCCAGCCUCUGGGGGCCAUCAUGCCCAUUUCAGAACUGCAAGCCCGCUGGGCGAGCCGCGUGUUCAAAGGGCUCGUUACGGUACCUUCAACAAGUGAAAUGGUAUCAGAUAUCACAGCCAAGAAAGAAGCCAUGGAAAAAAGGUAUGUGAAAAGCCCCCGUCACACCAUCCAAGUGGAUUAUAUUGAUUACAUGGACGAGCUGGCCUCUCUGAUUGGGGUGAAGCCUAACAUCCGAUCACUGCUCCUCACAAAUCCCAAGCUGGCCUGGGAGGUUUUCUUUGGGCCGUGCACACCAUUUCAGUAUCGCCUGCAAGGGCCGGGGAAAUGGGCCGGAGCCGAGAAAGCUAUCCUGACGCAGAAGGACCGGAUCCUCAAGCCCCUGAGGACAAGGCCCACCGACGACUCGGCUGGAGGUGCCUUGCUACCCUUUGUGUUCAAGAUCGCUUGCUUGGCUGUGGCUGUCUUUGCUGUAGUCUGUGCUUUUUUUUAG